AAAAUGAUUUAGGAAAACUUAAAAAAAAAACGCAGCACAUAAAAUGUAAGAAAAUUCUGUUCUUCAUAGUCAACAAUGCUUAGGAUUAAACCCAACUUUCUAAACAAACGCUUGUAUUCAACAUCAUCUAUAGAUAACUAUCUCCAUACUAAAAUCAAUCACUUUCUGUUCAACAAAAUCUUGAAUGUACAGACUGUUUUACAAUCCCAUGGUUACAUUAUUACAUCUGGUCAUAAAGAUAACAUCUUUAUAGCUGCAAAGCUCAUUUCUUUAUAUGCUUCUUUUAACAACUCUAAUUCUUGUACAAAAGUCUUCAAUUUUGUGAAAUUUAAGGACCCUUUUCUUUGGAAUUCUAUUAUCAAAGCUCAUUUUUCCAAUGGGUUAUAUGCGGAAGCAUUGGAAUUUUAUACACAAAUGUGUGUGUCUGAUCAUUGGCCCAAUGAGUUUACUAUUCCCAUGGUUGUUUCUGCUUGUGCUGAACUUGGGGUUUUGUUUAUUGGGAAAAAGAUUCAUGGGUUGGUGUCAAAAAUCAAUCUUUUUGAGGGUAAUGCAGCUGUUGGGUCUUCUUUGGUGUAUAUGUAUUCGAAAUGUGGGUGUAUGGACGAUGCUGGUUUAGUGUUUGAUGAAAUGUCUGUCAAGGAUUUGGUGUCUUGGACUGCGCUAGUAAUUGGGUAUGUGCAGAAUGAUGAAUGUGAAAAGGGGUUGAAGUUGUUAUGUAAAAUGCAUAAGGUUGGUGGUUAUGAGGAGAGACCAAAUUUUCGAACGUUGGAAGGUGGAUUUUUAGCUUGCGGGAAUAUGGGGGCAAUGUUAGAAGGUAAAUGCUUACAUGGGUUGGCUGUAAAGUCUGGAAUUGGGUGUUAUGCAAGUGUUCUGUCUUCCAUUUUUUCGAUGUAUUCUAAGUUUGAGUCAUGUGAAGAAGCUUAUCUUUCGUUUUGUGAAGUUCGUAGUAAGGAUCUCAUGUCAUGGACUUCGAUUAUUGGCGUUUAUGCUAGAAUGGGAAGUUUUAAGGACUGUUUAAGUUUGUUUUUCGAAAUGCAGAAAGCUGGUAUAGAUCCUGAUGGGAUGAUUAUUAGCUGCAUGCUUUCAUGUUUUGGUAACUCCACGUGUCCCUUAGCAGGAAAGGCAUUCCAUGCUUUCAUUAUAAGGGCAGACUAUGAAAACAACCAGAUGAUCCAUAAUGCAUUGGUAUCAAUGUAUUGUAAGUUUGGACUUGUAACUCUUGUGGAGAAGUUUGUUGACGGAAUACAUGAAAGAGAUGACGAGGUGUGGAAUGUGAUGGUUCAGGGUUAUUUUAAGGUAGGACGUCCAACCAAGUGCAUAGAAUUGUUUAGGGAAAUGCAAGUUGUAGGCAUUCCAUCUAGCUUAAACACUUUGGUAGCUGUUAUUUCAUCAUGUACCAUAUUACAAGCAAUUCAUCAGGGCCGAUAUCUUCAUUGUUAUGCAAUCAAGAACAUAAUGCAUGAGAAUAUCUCUGUUGCUAAUUCCCUCAUUGAUAUGUAUGGUAAGGUUGGUCAAUUGACCAAAGCGUGGAAUGUUUUUAGUAGAACCUAUAAGGAUACUGUCACAUGGAACACUUUAAUUUCUUCUUAUGCACAUUCAGGGCAUUAUGAUGACAGUAUAUCCCUUUAUGAUCGUAUGGUUUCAGAAGGCGUGAAGCCAAAUCCAGCUACAUUGAUAAUUGUGCUCUCCGCUUGUUCUCAUAUUGCAUACUUGGAGAAAGGAGAAAGUAUAUAUACUUAUAUUAAGAAAGAAAAGUUUGAACUAAACUUACCAUUAGCUACCGCAUUGGCAAAUAUGUAUGCGAAAUGUGGAAAGCUUGAAAUAUCAAGAGAUAUUUUUAACUCAAUCGAAGAAAAAGAUGUUGUUUUGUGGAAUGCCAUGAUCUUAGGAUAUGGAAUGCAUGGAGAUGCAAACUCUGCAAUAGAGCUUCUUGCAGAGAUGGAGCAGUCAGAUGUAAGACCAAAUGAGCUUACAUUUUUAUCUGGUCUUAUAGCAUGUAAUCAUGCUGGGCUUGUUGAAGAAGGGAAGAUAAUCUUUGGUAGAAUCAAAGAUCACUUUCUCAAACCGACGUUAAAGCACUAUACAUGCAUGGUGGAUCUUCUUGCUCGGUCAGGCAAUUUGCAAGAAGCUGAAGCUCUAGCUCUAUCCAUGCCCAUUGCUGCUGAUGGGGGUUUAUGGGGUGCUUUGCUAAGUGCAUGUAAAAUUCACAAUAAUGCAGAGAUGGGCAUAAGAAUUGCUAAGCAUGCUAUAAAUCUUGAUCCAGACAAUGAUGGAUACUAUAUCAUUAUUUCAGACCUCUAUAACUCUUUAGGGAUGGGCGAAGAGGCAGAGAGGAUGAGAAUGAUCAUAAAGAAAAAAGGUUUGAGGAAGAUGGCUGGUUGGAGUAUGGUGUAAUUUGACUAUUUGAGUGAAAUCUGGUCCCACUAUUCUGAUCUGAAAAUCUAUGAUUAUAAAGGACCUUUUUAGGCCUCAACCUUAGCAUACACCAAUUACCAGUGCAGUUACUUGAGAUUCAGUAGUCCCUAGAACAUUAAGUCAAAGAGAGCUUCAACCUUCUGGGGAUCUGAUGUGGUUAUUUUAGAGGUAGUGAUCGCUACAAGCCUACAAUCAGAUACUUGUUCUUUAGCACAUACUUGAAAGAAUUGGGAGAUGAUGAAUACUAAUCGGGAAAGAGUAGAGGAAACUGGCUAGAGUCGUGAAUCUCGCGAAUGAUGCAUAAAAGAUAGGUGGCUAUGAUGACCCACUGUAACACAUAUCAGCCGUCGACUGUCAAGUACGGAGUUGUUAUAACUCAUCUCUUUCUUCCUCUGCUAAGCAUAUCUUCCACGAUCAGUAGCGGAUCAGGGAAGGCUGGCCAAGGUUCCAGCUGGUUUUAAAAAUCAGUAAAAAAUAUUUUUUCUUAGUCAGGGCUUGCCUUUCAAAGUUUAGUAGAAAGAAAAAUUCAAAACACCACCUGAACUUCAGAAAUUAGUGAUACAGAUUUCACGGAUGACCUUCAGCCAUUAGUGGUAAAGGUUUUAGCAUUGUCCAGUGGUCUACCGAUCCUAUAUAAAAGAAUAUAGCAGCUUCGGCGAACUCUGUUUUAUAGAGCACGGCAAAAAACAUCACACCAGAUUUUGUAGUCAUGCUUUUGAGAUAAUUGCCUUAUUUUGGUAGAUCUAUUAUAUAACUUUUUUGGCCCAUUGUCAAAUUGAGUCAGGAUUUUAUGCUAGCGUGUUUUCUUUAUACUCAAUAUAUCUUUAAUUUUAGCGGGGCAGUUCCUAAUAUUAGGGUUUCAGUUAUUAUAGAAUUAUUAAUGAUUUCUUAAGCUGCCUCAGUGCUGAUUAAUAUAUGCAGAUAAAAAAUCAUCCAGAGUUUGAACUGUGUGUGUAUAAAAUCACUGGUUAUGUACUACCAUGUUGUUUGUAUAUAUGUGUUUAAUGGUUACUGAGUCUAUUAUAACUAUCAAUGGUAGGGAUCCCAUCAGCUAAUGUUUAUGAUUUGCCAGUUGUUUGGGAGUUCUUAGUAUUGGUAAGUUAUUUGGUAAGCCUCACAUUUCCCGAGGCCUCAACCUAGAUGCACAUCUAGCCUUUGGGUUUUACCUUAAUGAGUUGCAAGCCCUUCAGCGAGGAUGGUAUUUAGUUGAUAUCUGCAUGCAUGCAUAGAGGUCUUGGUUGAACUGGAGUUCAUAUAUUUCGACUAUAGAUUUUCAAUUCAGAACUCAGAAGUCAAUCUUAGGGAUUUAUACCUAGUUUAGAAGAGGUAUUGACGCAGAGCAAAAUUAGUCUAGGCUUACUAAUUACUACCUGUACCUCUUUACAUCUCUCUGACUGCACCUCUCGGCCUCUCCUCUCUACAUGACAAAGUAGCCUACCCGGUGCAGAUUCUUCUUCUUCUAAAGGUGUGAUGACUGGACUCCCUUUUAUUUUCUUGCCCGGUUCAUUUCGGUUCUCUUCUUGUGAAAUUGGGAAAACUGUUGGUUCCUUUUUUUGGUUUGGUCGAUCCAUUGUUACUUGUUCAUUCCAAUUCUCUUCCGAUGAUGUUAGAAAUUCUGAAUUUGUUGUUGUCAUGGUGGCACUUCUCUUUGUGUCCACCCGUAUGAUUUAUGCAAUUGGAUCAGAGAUUCAGCAUCGACUUUCCAUCAAUUAUAGCACAUUAUAGCAUUAUUCUGAAUUUGUUAGUUUAUCAGCAAUCAAAUCAUUUACGAGGUAGGAGGGAGUAUGUUCAUUGCUUCCACAUGGGAGUUCAACAUAUUGUGGACUUCCUGAUUAUACCAUCUAAGUAGAACUUCAAGUAUAAAAAGUGCCAUCUGGACUUAACAAGUUUUAGGAGUUUUUUGUUUGGACUUAUUGUUAUGUGUUCCCGUUGAUUUGACAGGCUUGAACUAAAGGAACAAAGUUAUGAAUAUUAGCAGAUCAGGUUGGCCAUGGUAACAACAAUUCAUGGAGGCUCUUUCAUGUUGGCAUGAAAGGUGUAAACCCUCCCAAGAAAAUUAGCUCAAAGAGGCUUCAACGUUCAGGGGAUCUGAUGUCGAAUUUCUGGAGGUACUGAUUACUAGAAGCCUACAACCAGAUACUGUACUUGUUUUGUGGCACAAACUUGAAAGAAUUGAGAACUGAUGAAUACUAGUCCAGAACGAGUAGGGGAAAUGGUCUGAAGCCAUAAAACUCAAUGCAACAAUGAUAGGUGGGUAUCGUGACCUGCCAUAACACACAUAUCAGACCCUUGGACACUGCCACGGUUCGGCUUCAAAUCCAAGAGAAAGAUUCUGCAGCAAUAUCUCAAUUUGAAUUCUUCACCUGCCCAACUUGAAACAAUUAAGUAAUGGCUCGUUUGGGAGUGACACGAAGAAGAAGAAUAUUGUUAAAGCUUCAAGUUAACAUAAUGAUAAUCAAGUUUUUCGUUAUUUUUGUUCCUUGGUAUUUGAUGGUGAUAACACUAUUGAGUGAAUCUUAUUUUCGUUUGGGAGGUGGAGGAUGAUGAUGAUCUCGAAGAUGAUCCUCGAUAUAUUGAAGUUGUUAGAACAAUUCAGACAUCUCAUUUUUGGACCAACUAUACAAAUCAACUUGCUUUGGGGAUGUACAAUGAGUGGAGAAAUAGAAGUUAGAAGUCAGAAGUCAGGAACUGAAAUGUGGAGAUUUGGAUGAGCCAGGAGUCUUGAGUGAGCAGCAGCAGCCAGCAGCAGGCCCAACACUCAGCAGACUGCAGACUAGGACUAGGACUUUAACAAGAAUUCAUUCACAACCAAACUUUGUGUUCUGGCUACUGUUAUUUUAAAUAUUUGAAUGUUCAAACUAAUUCUGAUGGAGACUAGCAGAUCUUUGAAUUGUGACAAUUUUUUUUCGAAUGUUUUAAUGUCAUUCUUGUAAGACUGCAAGUUACAAGUUCUUAAAUUUUCAAAUUUCGGUUUUAA